AUGAAUCCUUCUCAAAAUCGACAAGAGUUUAGAAACUCGCAUCAAGAUCAUGUUCCUACACCUCGUGAGAAAGUGCAAGAGGUAUUGCGUGCUUUUAAAGAAGUGUUCACACAGUUGGACCAUGACAAACAAGCUAGGCGCGGUGGUGAUUUAUACGAGGCGACAGCUAGAAUAGACCUGAACACACAAGCUUUCUUAGAGCGAGAGGGGAAAAACGUGAACACACCGAACAGAAUAGGACAUGUUCCAGGAAUCAACGUUGGGGAUGAGUUUCAGUACAAAGCCGAACUUCGUGUUGUUGGGCUUCAUUUCAGGAUCAUGUCUGGGAUCGACUAUGUGGAGAUAGAUGGUGUGAAGUUCGCAACAAGCAUCGUGUCAUCGAAAAAAUAUGAUUAUGAUGAUAAGUUUGAUGCUGAUGUUUUGAUAUAUACUGGUGAAGGAGGAAACAUGAUAAACAAGGAAAAGAAAGCUGAAGAUCAGAAGAUGAUAAAGGGCAAUUUAGCAUUAGCUAAUAGCAUGAUACAUAAGAGGGAAGUGAGAGUGAUACGUGGCGGCGAGAGCUGGGAUGGAAAAGGAAAGCAUUAUGUGUAUGAAGGAUUGUUUUUAGUUGAUAAUUAUUGGUUAGAGAAAGGAGUUAGUGGUAAGAAUGUUUACAAGUUUAAGCUUUGUAGAAUUCCUGGUUAA